AUGGAAUUCGGCCAGGGACAGAGAAGAACUAAUAAAGAUAUUGGGCUUAGGCCCAUUAAGGUAGUUAUAAUGGGAGACAAUCAUGAUAACAUUGAGAGGUGGAAGCUUAAGAAGCGGAUCAAAGCCCUUGAAGCUGCAAAGGGAAACGGAACAAGCAUGAUCUCACUCAUCAUGCCUCCUCGUGAUCAGAUCUGUCGUGUUACAAGGAUGUUGAGUAGCGAAUACGGAACCGCAUCAAACAUCAAGAGCAGAGUCAACCGCCAAUCUGUUUUGGGAGCCAUAACUUGUGCACAGCAAAGGCUGAAGCUUUACAACAAAGUCCCUCCUAAUGGUCUCGUGCUCUUCACCGGCACCAUUGUCAACGAAGAAGGCAAGGAAAAGAAGGUUACGAUCGACUUUGAGCCUUUCAGACCGAUAAACGCUUCUCUCUACCUCUGUGACAAUAAGUUCCACACUGAGGCUUUGUCUGAAUUGGUUGACUCUGAAGACAAGUUUGGUUUCAUUGUUAUGGACGGAAAAGGCACUCUCUUUGGAACUCUUAGCGGUAACACACGUGACGUGCUUCACAAGUUUUCUGUUGAUCUUCCAAACAGUCACGGAAGAGGAGGACAAUCGGCUCUCCGGUUUGCUCGUCUCAGCACGGAGAAGCGUCACAAUUACUUGAGCAAAACAGCUGAGCUCGCAACGCAGUACUUCAUCAAUCCUUCGACAAGUCACCCUAACGUGGAUGGGCUGAUACUUGCCGGCUCAGCGGAUUUGAAGACUAAACUGAGCCAGUCAGAUAUGUUUAAUCCCCGGCUCGCGGCGAAGAUACUGAACGUAGUGAAGGUAUCACACGGAGGAGAAACGGGUUUCAAAGAGGCAAUUGAUCUGUCAUCUGAUGUUUUGGCGAAUGUGAAGUUAAAUCAAGAAAAGCGUUUGGUGGGGAAGUAUUUUACGGAGAUGAGCCAGGGCACAGGGAAGUACGUUUGUGGCGUGGAUGACACGUUAAACGCUUUGGAUUCUGGUGCUGUCGAGACACUUAUCGUAUGGGAGAAUCUUGACAUCAACAGAUAUGUUAUGAAGAAGAAGAGUGCUACGAGUGAAACUGUGAUAAAACACUUGAACAAGGAACAAGAAGGUAACGAAGAGAAUUUCAAAGAGUUUGACGUGGAGGAGAAGAUGUCCUUAGCGGAGUGGAUAGCUGAUGGGUACAAGCGUUUUGGUUGUGCGUUAGAGAUUGUAACGGACAGAUCAGAAGAAGGGUUUAGGUUUUGCAGAGACUAUGGAGGCAUUGGAGGGAUACUUCGUUACGAGCUUGAUCUGAGUGCCUUUGAAUCUGAGGAUGGAGAAGUUUAUGAUGAUGCCAUUGAAUCUGAGGAUGCUGGACCAAGUCGGAGCUUGAACAAGCCUGCCCGGGCUGUCGAGGUCAAGCAGAAUCCGAGUUUGAAGAAGCCUGCACGGGCUGUCGAGGUCAAGCAGAAUCCGAGCCUGAAGAAGCCUGCGCGGGCUGUCGAGGUCAAGCAGAAAAAAGUUGGAAAGUAA